AUGUCGGCUGACGAAAAGAUCCGCGUCUCGGGCGAGACGCCACGUGCGACCACUCCUGUUCUUCCAACAGUUAACCCCGGUCUCGAGAAGUCACAGUCUGCUCGCGCUUCAGUUCAUCCUACUUUCUAUGUUAUUGCAUGGAUUGGUUUUUCAUCGUCCGUCAUCUUGUUCAACAAAUGGCUUCUCGAUACCCUCAACUUCCGCUACCCCGUCAUUCUAACGACCUACCACUUGACCUUCGCGACAGUCAUCACUCAGAUUAUGGCGCGAUGGACUCCUUACCUUGACGGCCGCAAGACCGUCAAGAUGACAGCUCGCGUUUACGUCCGUGCCGUUGUUCCCAUCGGUAUCUUCUUCAGCUUGAGUUUGAUCUGCGGAAAUUUGACAUAUCUGUACCUUUCUGUUGCUUUCAUCCAGAUGCUCAAGGCUACCACACCCGUCGCCGUUCUCAUCUCUGGCUGGAUUCUUGGUGUUUCUGCUCCCAACCUCAAGCAGUUCCUCAAUGUCUCCGCUAUUGUUGUCGGUGUCAUCAUUGCUUCCAUGGGCGAGAUUCACUUCGUCACUGUUGGUGUGCUCUUCCAGAUGGGCGGUAUCAUUUUUGAGGCUCUGCGACUUACCAUGGUCCAGCGCCUGUUGAGCUCCGCUGACUACAAGAUGGACCCUCUCGUCUCUCUGUACUAUUUUGCUCCCAUUUGCGCUGUCAUGAACGGUGUGGUUGCUCUUAUUUGGGAGAUCCCCAGGUGCUCGAUGGCCGAAGUUUACCACGUUGGUCUGUUCACCUUCUUCCUUAACGGUCUCUGCGCUUUCUUGCUCAAUGUCUCCGUCGUAUUCCUGAUUGGCAAGACUUCUGCUGUCGUCCUCACACUCUGCGGUGUUCUUAAGGAUAUUCUCCUGGUCAUUGCUUCCAUGAUGAUCUGGGGUACCCAGGUUACUGGUCUCCAAUUCUUUGGUUACUCCAUUGCUCUUGGUGGCAUGGUCUACUACAAGCUCGGCUACGAGCAGAUCAAAGGCCACAUUGCUGAUGCCAACCGACAGUGGGCUGAGUUUGGUGCUCGCAAGCCCAUUCUCCGCAAGGUCACCAUCAUCAUUGCUACCGCUUUCCUCAUCUUCACCUUCUUCGGUGGUCUUGCUCCCGGUUACUCCUCAGAGGUUGAUCCCACCAGACUGGCCAAUGAGGUUUCUAACCGUUUCGGCAUCAACGAUGCUCAGCACGUCUAG